AUGGGUGAAUCGUUUGUCAUAGCAAUUGACUUUGGCACUGCGUUUAGCGGGUAUGCCUUUAAUAUCACACCCAGAAAGGAAAAAAGUGAACCAUACCUGCCAAGGUGGGGAAAGGAGUAUGGACUUGACUCCCCAAAGACUCCAACCUGCAUUUUGUUUAAUGAAGAUGAAACAUGUCUGAGUUUUGGCUAUGAAGCCAAAAUGACAUACAAGGAAAUGAGCGGAGAAGAAGCAAAGAAGCAUUAUCUCUUUGAAGACUUCAAGAUGGUCCUCUAUAGCAAAAAACUCAGCAGUGAUCUGGAGAUAAACGACGCCAGUGGAAAGUCUAUGAAAGCAUUGAAGGUUUUCUCAGAGUCCCUGAGAUUUCUUAAAGAAGAUGCACUAAGAACAAUCAGCCGAAACACAGAAGGAAAAAUCUUCUUGGCCUUCGACUUCACCUGGGUCCUGACUGUUCCUGCCAUCUGGGAUCUUUCAGCUAAACAGUUCAUGAGAGAAGCUGCAAUGCAGGCAGGUAUUAUAACAGAAGGAGAUGAGGAGAAACUGGUGAUGGCACUGGAACCAGAAGCUGCUUCAAUCUGGUGUAAGAAGCUUCCAUCU